CGAGACUACUCCGUAUGUUAGUGGUGAUCAGAAUGAGCAUUGCGUCUGCGUGCACCUGUACUGAUUGAAUACAUACACCACACCCUACACAGUCAUUUCUUUUCUUUCACGAGAGCAGAGCUACCAUCGACACCUGGUCGUGUUUCUGUACGCGAUCUCUCUCACUCGAUCGUUCAACCUACUCUCGUGCUCUAUUCCCCUGCGUGUCGUUAUUGCCCUCCUCUCCUAAAUCGGUCUCCAUCUCCUAUACGACCGAAUUUCUCCUGGAUUUGACGCCCGAUCACCUCUACUCUCCUCUUACCCUGCAAUACCGACCGUCACUCCUUCUCGUCCCUCUUUCCCACCCUCAAGUCCGUGUCUGACCUAGAGUCAACGCCCUGAGACCAGUGUUGAGACCGGCAACAAUCUGACCACCCUCAAUCCUCCUCGUCACCUCUAGGCCUCGUCGACCUCUACCCUCCUUCCACUUCCAACCAUGGAUCACGACAAUAACCGUUUAAGGCUGAAUUUUCAGUUUGACAACCAACACAAUUCUGAUGCUGCCAAUGCGAGAAUGUAUCCUACUACCCCGUCCACGUUCCCACAAUCCAUCUAUGGCGGUCAACAGCAAGACUAUAUGGGCGGCAUAGUGUCUCCUAACACCGCCAACAACCCUGGUUAUUUCAUGAACCAGGGUUUUCCUCAACAAUCUCCGCAACAACAGCAGCAACAAUAUCAUCAGCAGCAACAGCAACAGCAGCAGCAGCAGCAACAACAACAGUACCAGUAUCAGCAGCAGCAGGCUAAUCUUCAAUCUCCUCAGCCCGCCUACCAAGCAAACUCGAGGCCUUAUAUGCCCGCCAACAAUAACGUCAAUGAUGGUACCAGUGGCUUGAUCCAACAGUUUUCCAACCAGGAUCUCGGUGCUGCACCUAGGCCGGUCGCCAACCGCACUCCGUCGCCAGCAAACUCCCGCCCACGCACUGCAGCCGACCCAAGACAGGCCCAAAAUCCAUACCAAGCCCAUCUCGCUCCUCCUGUCCCUUCGCAAGCCAGAACCCAGCCGAAGCCAGAAGAGGAGGAAGUUCCCAAUCCUCGAAAAUAUUCCGACAACAUACUGAAAAGAGGCACCGCCGCUAAACAACUCGUCAAUUCUUUCUUCCAAGAAAACAUCGAGCGAGCCAGGGAUCGAAACAGCCGUGCCAAGGAACUCGAUGCCAUCCUCAAAGACCCCAAUACCCCCGAAACCACCAAGCAAAAGGAGAUCAAUACCCUGGCCCAGAAAGAAGCGCGUUUCUUACGCUUUAUUCGAACAAAGGAAUCUCCCCAAAAUUUCACCACCAUCAAGGUUAUUGGCAAGGGUGCGUUUGGCGAAGUCAAAUUGGUUCAACGCAAGUCCGAUGGCAAGAUCUACGCCCUCAAGUCUCUCAUCAAAUCAGAAAUGUUCAAGAAGGAUCAGUUGGCUCAUGUGCGUGCCGAACGUGAUAUUCUCGCCGACUCCAAGGACAACCCAUGGCUGGUCAAGCUUCACGCAUCUUUCCAAGACUCUGCUUUCCUCUAUAUGCUGAUGGAAUUCUUACCGGGUGGUGACUUGAUGACCAUGCUGAUCAAGUAUGAAAUCUUUUCCGAAGACAUUACUCGAUUUUACAUGGCCGAAAUCGUCAUGGCCAUUGAAGCCGUCCACAAGCUGGGCUUUCUGCAUCGUGAUAUCAAACCUGACAACAUCCUACUGGAUCGAGGCGGGCACAUAAAACUGACCGACUUUGGUCUCUCCACUGGUGGUCGAAAGCAGCACGAGAAUUCCUACUACCAGGCGCUACUCAAAUCCAAUGCUCAUGACAAGUCUGGAAAUCGUAACUCGAUGGCUCUAAACGAACAGAUCAAUUUGACAGUCAGCAACCGUGGCUUGGUCAACACAUGGAGGAAGUCUCGACGUCAUAUGGCAUACUCUACGGUGGGCACACCAGACUACAUUGCUCCUGAAAUCUUCCUAGGUCAGGGUUACACCUACUUGUGCGAUUGGUGGUCAGUUGGUGCCAUCAUGUUUGAAUGUCUGGUCGGCUGGCCACCGUUCUGUGCAGAAGACACUCACGACACCUAUCGUAAAAUUGUCAACUGGCGUGAAUCCCUUUACUUUCCCGAUGAGCUGGUCUUGGGCCGGGAUGCAGAGGAUAUGAUCCGAUGCUUCCUUUGUGACGCAGCAGACCGGUUAGGCAAAGAGGGUGGUGCUCAUGACGGAGCGACCAGUAUCAAAAAGCAUCCUUUCUUCCGUGGUGUGGUUUGGGAUCAGUUGCGAAAGAUCCGUGCACCUUUCGAACCCAAGCUCACCUCCAACAUCGAUGUCAGCUACUUCCCAAUUGACGAAAUCCCGCAAGAAGACAACAGCGCAUUACACCGAGCACAUGCCAAGCAGGUCUUGCCUGAACAGGAUGCCGAGAUGAGCUUGCCUUUCAUCGGAUACACGUACAAGGCUUUCAAUGCAUUCUCCAACUCGUGAUGAAAGGGAGUGCAACAAGGCUAGGAUGUGGGUUGUUAAGAGUGGACUUUGGUCAAUGAUCAGAUAUCAUGUCUUCUGGUCAGAUGGAAUGAGACAAUUCGGCGACACUGUGCGUCAUGAAACGUGAUGGAAAAUUACAGAAAUGGUAGCAGAGCAUAUUGCAUGGAGUUUAGUUCUAGCGCAUUUUGUCUUAGAGAAAGAAUGCUGAAUAUGUCUGCAUUAAAGGAUGGAUGAUUGUCCAGACAUGAGAAGCAUCGAGGCACAGAGGGUAAUUGAGUAGAGACCCUAAUUGAGGCUGAAUGACGUCAAUGGAGAACCACC